AUGGCAGGGAAUAACCACACAGAUGUAGCAGAGUUUGUCCUGCAGAGUUUCUCUGGAGACACUCAGCUCCAAGCUUUGCUCUUGACAUUCUUCCUCCUCCUUUACCUCAUGGCUCUUGCAGGAAAUGCCCUCAUCAUCAUGGCCAUCAGCCUGAAUCCUGGCCUCCACACGCCAAUGUACUUCUUUCUGACAAACCUUGCCCUGUUAGACAUCGUCUGCACAUCUACUGUCCUCCCCAAACUGCUAGAGGGCCUGGUGGCCAAAGGCAGCACCAUCUCCUACAGGGGCUGCAUGGCCCAGCUCUUCUUCCUAACAUGGUUUCUAGGGGCUGAGCUGCUGCUGCUUACAGCCAUGGCCUAUGACCGCUAUGUGGCUAUCUGCUGCCCACUGCACUAUAGCACGAAGAUGAGCCAGCCUGUCUGCAUCCUGCUUGCAGGCAGUGUGUGGGUCAUCAGUGCAGUCAGCACAUCUGUGCACACGGGCCUGAUGGCACAGCUUCAUUUCUGUGGUCCCAAUCAAAUCCGUCACUUUCUGUGUGAAGUCCCCACACUGCUAUUGCUGUCCUGCAGCUCAACCACCCUGAACAACAUCAUGAUCGUCAUUGCAGAUGUUUAUUUUGGUGUGGUCAACUUCCUCCUGACUAUGGUAUCCUACAGCUUCAUCAUCGCCAGCAUCCUGCGCAUCCGAUCUAUGGAAGGCAAGAGGCGUGCCUUCUCCACCUGUUCCUCCCACCUGCUGGUGGUCUGCAUGUACUAUUCCACAGUCAUCUACACCUACAUCCUCCCAGGUUCUGGCUCAUCCAUGGAAAAUGGCAAGGUAGUUGCUUUGCUGUACACAGCAGUCAGCCCUACUCUGAACCCCCUCAUCUACUCUCUGCGGAACAAGGAUGUCAAAGUCGCCCUUAGGAAAGUAUUUCCUUGCAUCAAGUAA